AUGGCCACGGCCAGGAAGUGCCGUCAUGUUGGUUCUGGUCUGUGGUUUAUUCACAGUCAGGUUUUCCAGGAGUUCAAAACAGGCUCGCGAAAACAUCUCUGGCUCCACGGGUUGGCCGGUUCCGUGAAAACAGUGCUAAGCUCUCGCAUCUUUGAGUAUUUCAAUGAUACAAGUGGCAUCCCUACACUAGCAUACUACUUCGACUUCAACGAUGCUGAGAAACAACAUCUGGAUGGACUUAUCAGGUCACUAGCAUUCCAACUCUGCCAAUCUGGAGGGGAGGUUGCAUUAGCGAAGCUCUAUGAGCUAUUCAUGACUCACGACAAAGGCUCGAAAUCUCCAGAUGAGUUACAGUUGGAGACAUACAUCAAGUCUAUUCUGAGGACCUUUGAUCGCGCUUUUAUCCUCAUUGACGCUUUGGAUGAGUGUAAAUCAAGGGAUUCACUUCUCCCAUGGAUCGGGCAGUUUGCAGUGGAAAACGUGCAGUUCCUCCUAACCGCCAGACCUGAAGACGACAUUCAAUCUCAGACACUUCGUUUGUUUGGAAAGGAGAAUUACAUAAGCCUAGACAAUACCUCUGUAAACAGUGACAUAAAGUCUUAUGUUCGUUCGGUCCUCGAUACAAACCCAGGAUUCAUGGAGAAAGCUCUGAGUGAAGAAUUACGCAACGAUAUCUGUACGAAAGUUGGAGAGGGGGCAGAUGGAAUGUUUCGAUGGGCAGCUUGUCAGAUGGAUACUCUCGAGGCGUGUCUAACUCCAAAUGCUGUCCGUGAAGCUCUCGUGUCUUUACCGCGGGAUCUACCCAAGACAUACGACCGCAUGAUGGAAAGCAUACCUCCUCAAUACAAAAAUGUCUCCAUCCGUCUGUUACGAUUCGCAGUGAAUUGCGAGCGACCUCUGAGUCUGGCCGAGGCAGUCGAGAUUCUAGCCACACGCCCAGACCAGUAUCACGACCGACUCAGGUUUGACCCUGAAAAUAGACUUUUCAACUUUUCUCAUAUUGAAAGAUAUUGUCCCGGUAUGAUACACAUCGUAACAGACACAGAUGAGGGUCUUGAUGAAAUGGGCGACAUGUGCCGUGGGAAAGAAGUGCAUCUCACACACUUUUCCGUCAAGGAGUAUCUGACAAAGCUAGAUGCCUUUUGUGAACUGGAUACUGCGAUUGUUAUUACUGAGACAUUGAUCAGUUACUUGUAUGAUGUCAAAGAUCCCCUCUAUCGUGUUCGUGCCGACUUUCCCUUAGCCAUACGUGCGGAAAACAUCUGGUGUGAAUUUGCCAGGAGAGCACAGACUGUCAAGAAAAUUGUUCAAAUGACAGCCAGGCUUUUAUUCAGUAGAUCAAGUGUUCUGAAACUUUAUCGUAUCUCCCAACAGCCAUCAGAUGACUGGUAUUGUUCCUCUGGGCCAAGGGGUAAAAGACUGUACAGAAGAAUAGGGUUUUAUGGUAAAGUCGAAGACGGGUUUUCUAAAGCCUGUCUAGGUGGGCUCCACAGCACUGUCGCCUAUAUGAUGGAAGAUCCCAAGUUCAACGUUCCGGCUAAGGAUAAAGAAGCCUGUCUGAUGUGGGCAAUUGACAAUAAGCAUCCGGAAGUUGCUGAGGUAUUCCUGGAUUAUGGUGUUAGUCCUGAUGUAUUAGAUGACGGCAGAAGUGCUAUUCAUGAGGCGUCAAAAGCGGGAUUCACCGCGCUUGUACGAAAGCUAAUCAAAGCAGGAGCUGACUUAAGCGGAGAUACCUUAGAAGGGAGGAGUUAUUUCGUCUCUGCUCUUUGUGUGGCAUCUCAAAAUGGCCACUUGGCGAUUGUAGAAGAUCUCCUCAAGGCUGGAAAUCAUGCCAGAAUGCAGGAUUCUCUUCUACGUGCUGUCGAAAAUGGCCAAACCGCGAUAGUCGAGCUCCUCACGAGCUGGGGUGCCUGUGAGGCUGAACCUAUCAACGACCACGUAUUGGAAACGGCAGCCUUUCGAGGUACAAUCCAACUUGUACGACGGUUACUCGAUUCUGCGCCAGAUGGCUAUGAUAUAAGCAAAGUAAAUAAUGCCCUACUGAAGGCGUGCGAGGCUGGACGUGUUAACAUUAUUCGGCUCCUUGUCUCUCGAGGUGCACAGGCAGACCGCCCGAUCGAUUUCAAAUACAAGUAUUACGAGAAUGACUACCUGAAACUUGAUUGGUCGGAAGACAAUUGUAAAAUUCACCGCAAUUGCCUUGUUGUUGCAGCGCAUUCGGGAAAUGAGGAUGUUAUACAGAUACUACUUAACAAUGAGUUUGACCUCAGUCAGGUCUUGGAUCUUAAAAAGGAGCUCAAAGUUACUACAUCCAUAUAUGUUGGGAAAGCCUUUGUUAGGGCAUUAUUAGGCUGUCAUCAGAGAGUGAUAACAACUCUUCUUAAUGCCAUGGUAAAUCAUGCCCAUACUGCUGAGAUUGCUACCCUCAGAGCCGCAUCCAAAGAUCAUAAUCAACAUGUCCUGAGAGUAUUUUCAGAGGCAGUAAGCCACGACAUGGGAGGAAUGUUUCCCGACUUCCCUUGGGUAGUUGAAAAGCUACAUAACCGUUUGCUCUGGCAGCAUAGGCAUAUUCCUCAAAUUUUGUUGAAAGAAGCUGGCAAGCAUUAUUCUAUGCAGAGCGAGUGUUUGAAGGAGCUACUUCGGCCUCUUGAGGUCGCAGCUUCAGUUGGAAGUGUAUCCGCUAUUACGAAAUUCAUUCAAGCUGGUGUUGACUUGAGUUUCGGUGAUCGCUUCCAUGAUGCCUUGGUCAAAAGGCAUGAGCAAGCCGUUCGGUUACUUUAA